CAGCACAGCUCACAAACAGGUGUUCUAGAAAUGGUUACUGAACCUUCUGCUUGAUGCCUCAGGCUUGUCUACUUCUUGCAACUAUCACCUGGCUGAGAAAUUUCCUCUAUAAAUAAGCAGUUUCUCUUUCAGGUAUGGUUCACCCUCAGUACGUACACUCCAUCUCUUACCCCACCCAAGUCCCAAACUUAGAAACUGGAAUCAAAGUCAGUAUUCAAAUCCUCAGCCGCAGUACAAAGAGUCGGCCCCAAUGAGAACUCAGUCCUCGACGUGAAGUUGUUUUUUUUUUCCCCUCGAGACAUUCUAGCUGCCGUCACUACAUUUGCUGGGGAAUUCCUGUUUACUUGUCCUUCCAUGCUGUUCUUUCUGUGGUUUCCUUGUUUCUUUUUGUGAUGAGGUUCCAGAUGGCUCAGCAGUGCUUCCAAAAUGAAUAUUUUGACAGAUUGCUUGAUGCUUGCCAACCGUGUCGCCUUCGAUGCUCUAAUACCCCUCCUCUAACAUGUCAGCGUUACUGUAAUACAAUGAGAGGAACAAAUGUGAUACUCUGGACCUGUCUGGGCCUGAGCUUGAUAGUUUCUCUGACAGUUUUCGUGUUGAUGUUCUUGCUAAGGAAGAUGAACUCCGAACCAUUAAAGGACCAAUUUAAAAACACAGGAUUGGCUCUCCUGAACGAGGAUAAUGCUGACGUGGACGAUAGCAGUGAUGGCAGAACCGAUGCGGAAACCCUUCUUUCGAGGGGCCUGGAGUACACAGUAGAAGAAUGCACGUGUGAAGACUGUGCCAAGAGCAAACCAAAGGUCGAUUCUGACCACUUCUUUCCACUCCCAGCCAUGGAGGAAGGUGCCACCAUUCUUGUCACCACGAAAACAACUGACUACUGCAGCAGCCUACUAGCUGCCGCAGGUGUCUUGGGGAUGGAGAAACCAAUUUCUACCAUAUAAUUAACCGUUUCGACUAGUGUAGAGCUACUUUGAAAAUCUUUUGUCCAAAGGAAAGGAUGAUGUUAUCAGAUCGCUUUAGGGUGAUUAUCCUUAUCAAUUGAUGAUAUAGCUUUUUGUCCUCUAGUUCUGGAAAAUCUUUAUGUUAGGCAUAUUUUUCUGCCUUAUUGCUGAGAGCUUGCUUAACUGUGGAAACUUCCUAGUUUCAUGAUUAAACUGAGUCACUGGAAAAAAAA